UGGUGCACCUGAGAUCGUUCCUGUGAUGGGGAGAAGCACAUGGAGCUGCAGGCUGACGGUCCUCCUGGACAUCCUGAGCUGGUGCGGCGCCGCCACACUGGAGUCCAUCAGCUGGAGCAGCUCCAACACAAAAUUCACUCCAGGUGAAGGCUUGGUUCUGUAUCCUCAAAUAGGAGACAAAAUGGACAUCGUGUGUCCACGGGUGGGCAUGUCCUCGGGGGAAAAGGAGGAGUUCUACCGCUUGUACCUGGUAACCCAAAAGCAGAUGCAGAGCUGCACUGUGGACAAGACAGACACACCCCUGCUGAACUGUGAUAAACCUCAUCAGGAUGUCAAGUUCACCUUCAAGUUCCAAGAGUUCAGCCCCAACCUGUGGGGUUUGGAGUUCCUGAAGGGAAAGGACUAUUACAUCACCUCCACUUCCACCAGCUCCAUACAGGGCCUGGAUAACACAGAUGGAGGUGUAUGUCGAACCAAAUCCAUGAAGCUGGUGCUGAGGGUUGGCCAGAGCUCUUCAGAUCCACUGUCAACACUCUUGGAAUCACCCACCAGAUUCCCUCCAAAACAACCAAAGUCCAAAGCCAAUAAGGACCCGACCAGCACGGAGCAGGAUUUGAAAAGCUCAAGUGAUGCAGAAAUGGGACACUUGAAGCCUCGUGGCAACAGCGGCUCUGAACCCAGGCUGUUGGUGUGGGUGGUCUGCAGCUGCACGGUCCUCCUUCUGGCCAUCAUCAUUCUGCUGGUCCUGCUGUGGAGGCACAACCAGCAUCGCUGUGUUCCAGAUAGCCAGCAGUCCACCUCCAUGUCCCUCAACACUUUAGCUGUGACAAAGCGGGACAGCAUCAGCAGUGACAACAACGACUCAGAGCGCAGUGAUGUGGUUUUUCCUCUGCGGCCUGCUGACAGCAUGAUCUGUCGUCAUUAUGAGCACGUGAGCAGUGACUAUGGGGCCCCUGUGUACAUAGUUCAGGAAGUAACACCUCAGAGUCCUGCAAACAUCUACUACAAAGUCUAAUGUGUUCUUUCGCCGCACAAUUCUUUCAGUAGUACGAUGUCAGUCCUGAAUCUGCACAGCUGACGACCUGCAGGCUGCAGCCGCCGACUAAUGCUGCAUCUGUAUAGUUUGCAAAGAGUGUGAAGAAAUGUCACAUGAGACCAUGUUAAAUUAUGUUGCACUGCAGCAAGUGCACAAAAUGCUUUGCAGUCUGGAUUUUGUGUGGAAGGGAAUUAGAGAAGAAUCUCUUCUGCUAGAAUGGGCUACUUCAUCAUUCAGGAGUUCUUUGCCAGUUUUAUUUGUGUCUGAUUU